CUUUGUUGGGUGCCUGGGGGUUUUGGUUAUUAUGUGAUAAUGGUCUCUGUCUUUACUGGUGGAGAGUUAGGUUAAUUACAGAUUAAUUACAUUUUGAGUGUUUUAGUUUUGUUCCUUGAAACUAGGCAAGACUACUUUUGAUGACAAUGAGAAAAAAAUCAUGUCAGACAUUUUCCGUCUUCUUUUAUAGCUAGAACAUGAAAAUGCCCAGUUAAGAAAUGUAACUUUCUCUUUGUCUGAAGCCCUUCAUGUCCACAAGCAUGAUCCUGGAUGAUGAAGGUGUUUUGGGCAGCAUUGAGAAUUCUUUUCAGAAGUUCCAUGCUUUCUUGGAUCUCCUUAAAGAUGCUGGGCUUGGGCAGCUGGCCACAAUGGCUGGUAUAGAUCAGUCAGAUUUUCAUUUACUAGGUCGUCCCCAGAUGAACUCUACUGUUAGUAGUCCACCUAAAGAAGAAAAGAAGGCACUUGAAGAAGAAAAAUCAGAGUCAAAGCAGAGUGCCCCAGGACCAACGCAAAAUCUCCAAGUUUCUAUUUGUAUGCAGUCAGCUUAACAAUGAAGGAACACUAAUGGAGGUACACGUACUGAUAUAAUUUUUAAA